AUGGGAGAGAAAUCCUCCUCCUCCGGCGAUGCGGAGCUUCGUAAAUACCUGGGCUACGCCCUCCUCCUCCUUGGCUGCGGUGCUGCUACCUACUACUCCUUCCCCUUCCCCGAAGAUGCUAAGCACAAGAAGGCCCAGCUCUUCCGCUACGCCCCGCUUCCCCCCGACCUGCAUACUGUCUCUAAUUGGAGUGGUACCCAUGAAGUCCAAACGCGUACCUUCAUCCAACCUGAAACCCUCCGAGAGCUUGAAUCUAUAGUUAAAGAUUGUAACCAAAAUAAGCAGAAGAUAAGGCCUGUGGGAUCGGGUUUGUCCCCAAAUGGGAUUGGGCUGACGCGGGCAGGGAUGGUCAAUUUGGCUUUAAUGGAUAAGAUUCUGGAGGUGGACAAAGAAAAGAAAAGGGUGAGAGUGCAGGCAGGGAUUAGGGUCCAGCAGCUUGUGGAUGGGAUUAAAGAGUAUGGGCUGACAUUGCAAAAUUUUGCGUCUAUUAGGGAGCAGCAGAUCGGUGGUAUAGUUCAGGUUGGCGCCCAUGGAACUGGUGCAAAGUUACCUCCUAUUGAUGAGCAGGUCAUCAGCAUGAAAUUAGUUACUCCUGCUAAGGGUACUAUCGAGGUUUCUAAAGAGAAAAAUCCAGAACUCUUUUAUCUGGCUCGCUGUGGUCUUGGAGGACUUGGUGUAGUUGCAGAAGUUACGCUGCAAUGUGUCGAGAAGCUGGAGCUCGUAGAGCACACAUUUNCAGCUUGGAUUGCAGAUCGUGAUCAUUGGAGUUCAAGAAAAAGCAAAAGAGUUUGUGGAAUUCAUCAAAGAAAACUUCUUUCUGAGAACAAACACGUAAAGUACUUGUACAUUCCAUACACUGACACAGUCGUGGUUGUGACAUGUAAUCCUCUUUCAAAAUGGAAAGGUCCACCAAAGUUCAAACCGAAAUAUACUCAAGAAGAAGCUAUGCAGCAUGUCAGGGAUCUCUGUCAUGUUUCACUAAAGAAGUACAGGAAAGAAGCAGUUACAGCUAAUAUUCCUGGAGAAAAUGAUUCCAACAUAAAUGAACUUUCAUUUACGGAACUGAGAGAUAAGCUACUUGACUUGGAUCCUCUCAAUAAAGACCAUGUGAUGAAUGUCAAUCAAGCAGAGGCUGAGUUCUGGAGAAAGUCCGAGGGAUACAGAGUAGGCUGGAGUGAUGAAAUUUUGGGCUUUGAUUGUGGUGGCCAACAAUGGGUUUCAGAAACUUGUUUUCCGGUUGGUACCCUAUCAAAACCAAGCAUGAGAGACCUGGAGUACAUUGAAGAAUUGAUGCAACUCAUUGAGAAUGAAAAUAUACCUGCUCCUGCGCCUAUCGAGCAGAGAUGGACGGCAUGCAGCAAAAGCCUCAUGAGUCCUGCUUAUAGCUCGUCAGAGGAUGAGAUAUUCUCUUGGGUCGGUAUAAUUAUGUAUCUUCCUACAAUGGAUGCUCGCCAGAGGAAGGAAAUUACAGAAGAUUUCUUUCACUACAGGCUUUUGACGCAGACCAAUUUAUGGGAUAAAUAUUCAGCUUACGAGCAUUGGGCUAAAAUUGAGGUUCCAAAGGACAAAGAUGAACUUGCAGCUCUUCAGGUAAGGUUAAGGAAGAGAUUUCCUGUGGAUUCAUACAAUCGAGCACGGAAGCAGCUGGAUCCCAACCGUAUUCUUUCUAACAAUAUGCUGGAGAAACUUUUUCCUUUCUCCGAGACAGUUUAA